AGCAAAAGCGAAGCCUCUACGCAGGCCAGUGGGUUUUUCGUCAACCAGUGAAGAGUUGGGAGGUCUGUGAAAAGGGCCGUCUGUCAGCUGCAUCUCGCUCUGCACUCACUCUGUGCAGGAGGAGCACAUCGGGCGAUGCCUUCCAGAGCAGCACCACGCGACCGGGUGUCAGAUUGACCUUAACGGAGCCGUUUUUUUACCCCCCUGCGGAGUGGAACUGAAUAUACGAAAAGGGAUCUCUUUGCUUCAAUGUGUGUGACACAGGAGUCUGGUGUUUUCCAUUGUCAAACACGUACCAGAUGACCAUCCUUGAGUCAACCCUGAUUCACAGCGAAGCGAAGUUGCAGGUAAAGGGUCUGUGCGUACUGAUGUUCCUGAGCUUCACCCUGACCAUGGCCGAGGUCCCAGGUCCAUGCAGACACUCCAUCACCAGGGAGCACCUGCUGACGGUCAGGCAUCUGAUGGACAACCAGUUGCGAAGCGGGUGCACGAUAACCUACACGCUCAUAGAACGGCGGAGUCUGAGCAAGUGUUGCUUCGUGAAAGCCGCUCUGCCCUGGAUCCUGGAGCUCCUCACCACCCACUUCAAGUACGCCCGGGGUUCAGUCAACGACGGCUACGUCCAGUCGCUGAGAGCGCUCAUCCUCAACAUCUACUCUCAGAAAUGCGUGCCUCAGAUAAACGAGGAGGUCGAGGACAAGCCAGAGAGCUUUGAGACGCUCCACAGAGGGUCCACCUCGGAGGCGCUGCAGAGGGCUUCGGAGGUGCUGUCCGCCUACUGGGAGCUGGUGACGACCAGCGACGCGGCGGUCGACUGGAGGUGCCAGCACGAGUACACGGACGCCUUUGGCUCCACCACAGAGCUCUACACCGAGUCCCCCACGCCGUAUUUUACAGACGGUUACAGUAGCAGCUCGGCGAAGGCCUCGCACAGAAGGCCGGUCAGAGACAUGUACAUGCUCGGCUUCAUCCUGGUCUCCGUCUGCGGACUGCUACUGAUACUCACCCUCUACUGUUUCAUCACACAAAAGCAGAUAACUCACAACGGCCACAGAUCAAGACCACAUCCGAACUCAAGAGCCCGGCAGGACGUGGAGAUGGAGCCGCAAUAAUGUGAGUAUUGCGUUUAAAAGGCUGCGACAUCUGGAGCAACACCUGCGUCGGCCUCAGUGGCCGCAGUGCACAUCCGUCAUUGAUAUUCUUUGCAUCCUCGUUAUUCCCUCCCCGGGCGGUAAAGAGCGGAGCGGCGGCGGACGGAGAACCUGAGAAGCUGCACAUUCCUUCGAUCGUGAACAAGUUUUUCACGUCUGUGUUGUGUGUUUGUUGUGUGUCGUGCUCACCGUUUUAACUGCGAAGCUUGGCUUUGACUGAGAACAAAUCUGGUCCUUAUUUUAAAUAACAUGGUAUGUAUAUUAUGUAUUUGCAGAUAUCUUUUCCACUAAAGGCAAAAGUUUUAUUUUUACACAUUUGUGUGUUGAACUGCGUGCGUCCAUUUGCUACCACUUAACCAACUGUUUUGUAAUGUUGUGUGCCAAACAUUUCCACAAGUUAUUUAUUAGUUUGACUCUAUUCAACCACUGUAUUGAUAAUAAAGCUUCAGUCGAUAUCAAAUCCCCA